AUGCACAAACUGAGCCAUCAAUCUGCAUUUUCCAACCUCUUGGGGACGGUUUACUGCCAGGGAAACCUGCUCUACGACCCCGAAGGAACCCACCUCUUCUCUCCAGUCGGCAACAGAGUCACCGUCUUCAACCUCGUCGAUAAUAAAUCCUACACAUUUCCCUUUGCGCACCGAAAGAACAUCGCCCGGAUAGGACUCACCCCGCAAGGCAACCUCCUCCUCUCAGUCGACGAAGAUGGCUACGCGAUCCUAACUAAUGUGCCCCGCCGCAUCCCCAUAUACCACUUCUCCUUCAAAUCGCCCAUCACAGCCCUAUCUUUCUCCCCGUGCGGCCGCUACUUCGUCGUCGGACUCCAGCGCAAGAUCGAGGUCUGGCACGUGCCGUCGACGCCCGACGCCAACGCCGAGGGCCAGCUCGAGUUCGCGCCCUUUGUGAAACACCACACGCACACGCAGCACUUCGACGACGUGAGGCACAUCGAGUGGUCCAGCGACUCGAGGUUCUUCCUGUCUUCGUCCAAGGAUCUGACGUCGAGGAUAUGGAGCGUAGAGGCGGAGGAGAACUUUACGCCAACGGUGUUGGCUGGACAUAAGCAGGCCGUCAUCGGGACAUGGUUCUCGGAGGAUCAGGAGACUAUUUAUACCGUUAGCAAGGACGGCGCCGUAUUUACUUGGAAAUAUGUUGGACGGCCGAAGAACGAGAAUGAGAUGGAGGAUAGCGACGACGACGAGGAGAUGGAGGCGCGGUGGAGGAUAGUGGACCGCCAUUACUUUAUGCAGGGCAGCGCGCACGUCCGGUGCGCGACAUUCCACGCUGCCACGAACCUCCUCGUUGCGGGCUUCUCCAACGGCAUCUUUAGGCUCUACGAGAUGCCGGAUUUCAACAUGAUUCACAACCUCAGCAUCUCUCAAAACAACAUCGACUUUGUUACCAUAAACCGGACGGGAGAAUGGCUCGCAUUUGGCGCGUCAAGGUUAGGCCAGCUGCUCGUGUGGGAAUGGCAAUCCGAGUCGUACAUUCUCAAGCAGCAGGGCCACUUCGACUCCAUGAACUCCCUAGUCUACUCGCCCGACGGCCAAAGGAUCGUCACGGCGGCGGACGACGGCAAGAUAAAAGUGUGGGACAUCGACUCCGGAUUCUGCAUCGUCACGUUCACGGAACAUUCGAGCGGCGUCACGGCAUGCGAAUUUGCCAAGAAGGGCAACGUCCUUUUCACGGCCAGUCUUGAUGGAUCCGUGCGCGCGUGGGAUCUUAUCAGGUACAGGAAUUUCCGAACAUUUACCGCUCCUACUAGGUUAUCCUUCUCGUGCAUGGCCGUCGACCCGAGCGGCGAGGUUGUCGCUGCCGGGUCGCUGGAUUCCUUCGACAUUCAUAUCUGGAGCGUGCAGACGGGCCAGCUGCUGGAUAGGCUAUCGGGACAUGAGGGUCCCGUGUCGUCGCUGGCCUUCGCCCCCGAUGGAGAUGUCCUAGUGAGCGGAAGCUGGGACCGCACGGCUCGUGUAUGGUCCAUCUUUAACAGGACCCAGACUAGCGAGCCGCUGCAACUGCAGGCCGACGUCCUGGACGUUACCGUCCGUCCGGACUCGCAGCAGCUCGCCGUAUCCACGCUUGACGGCCAAUUAACGUUCUGGAACAUCAAAGACGCCGAGCAACAAGCCGGCCUCGACGGACGUAGAGACAUAUCCGGCGGUCGCAAGGUGACGGACCGCCGAACAGCCGCCAACACGACAUCGUCGAAGAGCUUCAACACCAUCCGAUACAGCACGGAUGGCAGCUGUCUCCUAGCGGGAGGAAACAGCAAGUAUAUCUGCCUCUACUCAGUGAACUCCAUGGUUCUCCUGAAGAAGUUCACCGUGAGCGUCAACCUCUCCCUGUCUGGCACGCAGGAAUUCCUCAACAGCAAGCUCCUCACCGAAGCCGGGCCCGCCGACCUCAUCGACGACGAAGAAGCCUCCGACAGGGAAGCCCAGCUCGAGAAAAACGCUUUGCCGGGUUCGAAGCGGGGAGACCCCUCAGCGAGGAAAGUCACCCCUGACAUCCGCGUCACGAGCGUCGGGUUCUCUCCCGCAGGAACGGCGUUCUGCGUCUCGUCGACGGAAGGUCUUCUAAUCUACAGCCUCGACAACAACCUCCAAUUCGACCCCUUCGACCUCAACAUGGAAAUCACCCCGGCGUCGACGCUCUCCGUGCUCCGCAACGAGCGCGACUACCUCAAGGCGCUCGUCAUGGCCUUCCGGCUCAACGAAGCGAGCCUCAUCAAGCAGGUCUUCCUCUCGGUGCCGCACACGGAAAUCCCCCUCGUGGUGCAGGACGUCCCCUCCGUCUACGUCUCGCGACUUCUCCGCUUCGUCGCCGCGCAGACCGAGUCUUCCCCGCACGUCGAGUUCUGCCUGCUCUGGAUCAAGGCGCUCGUGGAUAAGCACGGAGCUUGGUUGAGCGCGAAUAGGGGCAAGGUCGAUGUUGAGCUGCGUGUUGUGGCGAGGGCUGUGGCAAGGAUGAGGGAUGAGAUUCGGAGGUUGGCGAAUGAUAACGUGUAUAUGGUGGAUUAUCUACUGGGGCAGGGUGGUGCGGCGGUGAAUGGGAAGGGUAGCAAGGCUUUAGGAUGGGGUUCGGAGGGUGCGGUGACGAAGUUGACGGAUGGGGAAGACGAGGGGAGCGAGGAUGGAUCGGAUGGGGAUGAAUGGUUGGGAUUGGAGUAG